CACAGCUGAUCUGCUGAUUGCUAGGUGCCGCGACAGGAGUCUGUGACGGGAAGAGUGAAUGAUUUGUUUUCAAUUUUUCAAGUCCAAAAGAAAACAGAAAUAAUGGGAGUUAAAAAUAGACGUGUUAAAUAAGUUUUCACUAGCUAAGAUGUGUACCAUUCCACCAUCACCGCCGCCACCUCCACCGCCACCACCACCAUCUAAUCUGCCCAACAAACAUUCACCAACCAAAUCUUGUGAUAGUUCACCAACUUUCAGUUAUUCAGACGUAUGCGAUUGGGCUUCCAACGUGCCGAACUUAUGGGAAGCAUGUGCAGAAAAUCGUUUAUGUCUACACGAAGCCCCGUUUCAGUAUAAAUACAAACACUUUGAAUCGAUUAUGCAAAUAGGACCAACCUGUGGAUUGGUUGCUCUAUCAAUGCUCCUCAAUGGCAAAGUCAGCCCAGAUGAACUGCUCAAUAUCACUAAAGUAGUGGGUUACAGUAACAACGGGGAGAUGUUCAGCUGUAAGAAUAUGGGUCUGUUGGCUGAAAAGGCGAUAAGUUUGGCUGAACUAGAAAACAUAAAUUUCUGUGUGAAGACUGGUGGUUUGUUCAGUGAAGAAAUUAUUCUAGAGCUUUUAAAUGGUGCUGUUCUACUAGUUCCCUAUGAUGCAGAUUUCAAUCAUUCACCAUGCCUGAAACACGGACACACUGCACACUGGGCACUCGUUUGCGGCAUAGUAGUAGUUACAGACCCAGGAGAUAAUUACAUGUCCGAUCCAAACAAUGUCUUUGUGCUGUCUAGACAUGGAAAAUCGAGAUUCGUAGCGGCAUGGACUCUAGCUGAAUUAGAUAAGAGUAAUAAAAAUUUAUGGGAGUUUUCCCCAAAGAAACAGGAAGAUGGAUUAAUGUAUGUGCUUCCAGAAGGGGGGAUGGGUGGUAAAAAUGGUUUGAAAGAUCAAUUUUUGAUAUUUAAUGGUCUGUGAAUUAUACAAUACAGUUCUAAUAUGUUAAAGUAACUUUAAAAUAAUAAGUAAAAUUGUUUGAGAGAUCAAUUCUUGUUAUUUAAUGGUUUAAUGUAGUGUUACAGUUUGUAUAUAAGAGUAACUUAUUGAAUUAUAAUAUAGUUUUUGAUAUAAAGUGUUAACAAUUUUAUUAGAAAAAGAAAUCUAGCCUAGUGUUUAGCACUUAGGCCUCACUUACGUGGGGGACAGAAUUUAAACGCCGAAGUAAAAAAUCGUGCAAGCCUGACCAUGGGCGUACCCAGCUUCUGGUCUAGGGGGCAAUGGGCAAGGACAAUCAGCACUUGGCCAGCCAAACCCUUCUCAUUUUGAGGGGAGCCCCAUGGCUUUUAGUGGGCCAGUCACCAUAGUCAACCCAUUACAAUGUAUGUUGCCACUUAAACAUGUGUGGAGACUCAGAUAAUAAUUUAAGUUUACGAGGUCUUUACAUAUUAUUAAAUAAAACCAAUUGAUUUAAUGCAAAAUUUUAUUUGUACAAUAAAUACAAAUCAUAUUUGCAAAUUGUGAUAAAAUAAUAAAUCUCAUGACUUAACUUAAAGAUAUAGAAGUGAAAUAAUUGUAGUUACAUUAAGUCAAUUCACUGUAAAAAAAUGAUACAUUAACACAUUUCAUUUAUUGCACCUUCACUACUUCUUUGAAAUGAUGAACAAAAUUUUACAAAAUAAAGUAAGAUGUUUAUAGUAACGUAAAUAUAUAUUUUGUACUAAAUAAUUCAACUUAAAAGAACUUUCUAACACUAAAGGAUAUCUACGCGCCGUUUUGCGGCUAAAAAUUAUUUGUGAUGAAUAAUUAUUUUUAUAGAAUAAAUGAUUACAAGUUGCAUUAAAUACCUUCUUAUAAACCAUAUCAAUUCAUCCAGCCAAAUAAUUAGAAAAUUUAAAUUGUCAAGUCAGUCAGGAGUUAUGAGAUCAAAUUACACUAAACAACAUAAUAAUAUAUGAUAGUAUAUUAAAAACAUACUCUAUGAAACUGAAGAUAACAUAACACUGUUGUUAUAUCAUGCAUGUUUGGCUACGCCUCUAAAAUUAAUAUUAAAAACGGAAAGUUAAA